GCCCCAAAGUUGGCUGAUCAGAAACAUUGUACGAUAGCAUUUGGAAGCGUGAACGUGUCUAUUUCAUCGCAGAAGCGUAUCGUUAAUUGUUUGCAAAACCAACUUCAAGCAUGGUGAAAGAGAAGGCUCAUGUCAACGUGGUGAUUAUCGGCCAUGUUGACAGCGGCAAGUCAACCACCACCGGACACCUCGUCUACAAAUGUGGUGGAGUCGAUCAGAGGAAACUGGAGAAGUUUGAGAAAGCUGCAGCACAGAUGGGGAAGAGUUCCUUCAAAUUUGCCUGGGUGUUGGACAAGCUUAAAGCUGAGCGGGAGCGAGGAAUCACCAUCGAUAUAUCUCUGCUGAAAUUUAACACUCAAAAAUACACCAUGACUAUAAUUGAUGCUCCUGGCCACCGUGACUUCAUUAAAAACAUGAUAACGGGGACGUCGCAGGCUGAUGUUGCCCUCCUGGUGGUCUCUGCAGCUAAAGGAGAAUAUGAGGCCGGUGUAUCAAGAAGUGGUCAGACCAGAGAGCACGCCUUACUGGCUUACACUCUGGGUGUCAAGCAGAUCAUAGUCUGUGUGAACAAGAUGGAUCUGACUGAACCACCUUUCAGCCAGAAACGUUUUGACGAAGUAGGGCGAGGCGUGAGCAGCUUCCUCAAGAGGAUUGGUUACGACACCACCACUGUGCCUUUCGUGCCCAUUUCUGGUUGGACUGGGGAGAACAUGAUCACUGCAACUCAAAAGAUGCCCUGGUUCCAUGGCUGGAAAUCCAGACGAAGGGACGGACAUGCGAGUGGGAAAACUCUACUAGAAGUCCUGGACUCCAUUCAACCACCAGUGCGCACAAUCAACAAACCCCUACGAGUGCCUCUGCAGGAUGUCUACAAAAUUGGAGGAGUUGGGACUGUGCCGGUUGGUAAGAUAGAAACUGGCGUCCUCAAACCUGGCAUGACCCUGAUGUUCUCCCCUGCCAAGCUCACUGCUGAGGUGAAGUCCAUCGAGAUGCACCACCAGGGGAUGCAGACGGCUCUGCCAGGACACAAUGUUGGCUUCAACAUUAAGAACGUGGCUGUCAAGAACCUGCGGCGCGGAGACGUGGCUGGCAACGCUCAGCAGGAUCCUCCAUCAGAUGUCAGCAGCUUUGAAGCUCAGGUGAUCAUCCUGAACCAUCCUGGGAAGGUCAAAGCGGGCUACUCUCCUGUUCUGGACUGCCACACCGCCCAUGUGACCUGUCGCUUUGCUGAGCUGAAGGAGAAGCUUGACAGGCGCACCGGCAAAAAACUGGAGGACCAUCCGCAGCAACUAAUGUCUGGAGAUGCUGCUACAGUCAAAAUGAUCCCCGUCAAGCCCUUGUGUGUGGAGAGCUUCUUCUCAUACCCAUCCUUAGGUCGCUUUGCAGCCAGAGACCUGAAACAGACCGUCGCUGUAGGCGUCAUCAAGUCAGUGGUGAAGGACCAAGGAUCAAAACUUCCACAGAAAGCCCAAGUGUGUAAAUAGUUUGUUUACCAGUAUAUUCUGGUAUGGCUGCUUUAUUUUUUUUGGUAAUUUGUGUUGUGACACAAAAUAUUUAUGUUUAGUAGUUAUUCCUGUGUUAAUGUUAAAUCCAAAAGAAGCUGUUGCAUUGGCUGUAAAACUUUGGUUGAGUUGUUGAGACUACAAAAUAAAAGAAUUAUUUGAACAUUG